UGCGUUUUGACAACCCUAUAAAUUUGUCAAAGUAUCCUGCGUUGUAAUUUCGUCAUAACAGGCGUGUAUGCGUUACUCACUUACUGUUUACUCUAGAAUAUAAAUACACGGUAUAGCACAAACGACUUGCAAUCAAAAUCACAGUCAACAUUCAACACCGGCAAGCGACAGUUGUUGAAACAAUGGGUUUUCGUGUGCUCGUAUUUUUUACCAUAAUCGGACUAGCGCAAAUAGCGCAAUGCAAGCUGCUAAAUUUGUCGUGCCAACAAAUUCACCAAUUCGUGGAUGGUCACAAUUCAAGGCGCCUUGAAGUGGCAAAUGGGAAAAUAGACAGGCAACCAAGCGCUGAAAAGAUGAAGUCAGUAAUUUGGGACGAAGAACUAGCCGCCAAGGCGGCACAUUGGGCAUCUACAAACCCUUCGGGUCAUAACCCUGAUAAAACAGUCGGAGCCGGAAAGUACCAAACGGGCGAAAAUCUCUACUGGUAUAUGACCACAGACAAAUCGUACAAAUUGAACGUGGAUAACGCUCUAAAAUCGUGGUUUGAAGAGUACAUGGACUAUACCUUCGGACCCCUAAAGGGGUCUGAUUUUACAAGCAGCAAAGAGAUUGGGCACUACACGCAGAUGGUAUGGUCCGAUUCAACACACGUCGGUUGCGCAGUGUCACAAAACCACGACGGAAACUGGAACAAAUUUACAGUGGUCUGCAACUACGGACCAGCUGGUAACUGGAUAGGCGAAGCGCCGUACAGAGAUGGUCACGGUAGCGGCAAACUUGUGUGCGGCGCCGGCGACUGCUCAAGACAGUACGGAAACAAAUGCUGAACGCUCAUUGGCUAAAAUUACAACAUGAUUUGAUUGGCUGGUUUUGGGGUCUCCAAACUUUUUGAGUGUUUGUCAAAACUUUGCAUUU